AUAGCCAGCAGCGUCCAUUCCAAUAACUCAACUUACAAGAUCCAAAUCCGCAAAUCUCUCAGCACCAUGACAAGCAUCUACGAACUUGCCAAAUCUGGCAAGGUGAAGGAACUCGAGAACGAGCUGCAAAAAGGAAAGGAUCCCAACGACUACAAUGAUGCUAGCAAAAAGACCGCUUUAGGCGUCGCUGUCUUCAGAGGUGAUAUCCCAACGACUCAACUGCUCUUGAAACAGGGUGCCGAUCCGAAUGGCCUUGAGCGGGGUCGUCCUCCCCUAUGGAUAGCCUGCAAUCACAGAAAUGACAAAGCCAACAGUUACGAACGCUUGAUCCAGAUUCUUCUCAGCCAAAACGCCGAUCCAAGAAUCCCUUCGAAAGUCUCAUCCGAUAAAAGCUCUACUCCAUUGAUCCAAGCUGUGAAGACAUACAAGUCUCCUCGAGUCAUCAGCGCUCUUGUUGACAAUGGAGCAGACCCGACUAUGAAAGUCAAUGGCAUGUCCGCUGAGGAUCUGGCGCAAGGUCGACCGCAGAUUCUGAACGCCAUGAGGCCGUAUUGGACCAGGUUCCGGGACCGCACAACCGAGGUGGCCAAAGUUACUAGUUUUGUUAUGGCGGUUGUGUUCUGGGCAAACAAGAAUCUAAUGGCAGCUGCUACUGCUGGGGCAGUGACGAGUGCGACCCUGGUCUGCAAGGAUGCCAUUUUUAAACGAUUCAGGGUAACUGGCAAAGUGGAAGAGCGAUACAGAAAGUACUUCAACGAAGCAAACACAUUCGAUGAUGAUAAGCAAGAAGAGAGGGAUGAUCUCAAGACGAAAUUGGGUGAUAUCGUCAAAGAAAACAAUCUCGGAAAUUUCUUUCCCAGCGGUAGUCCGUUCAUUGACACUGUUGUGGAGAAAGCUGUGGAUCUGAACCGUGACCCAGACAAUCUUGUUGAUGUGAAGGAUCUUGCCCAUCUGGCUUUCUAUCAGCCUGUACUAUACUGUGACGACAGCAGCUCCAUGAACCAGGAGGAUCGAAGUAAACACCUUGACGGUCUUUCCCAGCGAAUCGCCAGCAUCACCACUCGGGUCGUACCGGACGAUGAAGGUAUAGAACUACGAUUCAUCAAUGAGGAUACAACGAAGGCGAUGUCAAAGCCGACAAUGGAAGAGAUAUCACAGAUUAUCCAACGAAAUCGUUUUCAUGGAUGGACAGAAAUUGGUCUCAACCUCAAAAAGAAGGUCCUCGAGGAUAAUGUGUAUAAGCCUCUGCGAGAAAACAACCUGAAACGACCCGUACUGGUGUCCAUCGUCACCGACGGGCACCCUCAAGGGGACCAUAAUUCACUCGAAAGGCGCUCUACCCUGAAGGAAACCAUUAAAGAAUGUGGCAGUAUGUUGAAAGAGCAUGGGUACCGACGAGAUGGUGAGUUACUCCAAUACUACUUUCAUCCAUUAUUGACCAGGACAGUUGUUCGAUUUCAACUCAGUCAGAUUGGCAACGAUCCGAAGGCAGAAGACUUUUUGAACGAAUUGAGAAAUGAUUCGGAUCUCGAUGGCGUUCUAUACAUUACAAGCGAGAGGUUGGAUGAACAGUUCAAAGUAUACCGGAAGCAUGAGGAUCAACUUGAGCAAUGGCUCUUGAAGUUGCUCCUUGCCCCUCUUCUCUACGCCCAGGCAGAUUAGAAUGUGAUCAAGUUUCUGGACGUCUUAGGUCACCUGGUUAAUUCGAUAUGCGCUCGUUCCUCCAUUGAUCAAGGGAAUCAACUAUUCCCCGUUUGAGGAGGCGCGAAUCCAUGAGCACUUGAGAUCUAUGAACGUGCAAGUUGAUAUAUUAUAUCAAGGGAUGGCUAAAGGAUGACAAAGAGUGAAGAGUCGCAGGCAACUGGCUGGUGUGUUGUAACAUCCUUAAACUUCUGCAUAUCGUUCAUUUGUUUGAUUUUUUCUCUCUUUUUUUUUGCUUCCCUAUGUACGCGUGGCUUCAGUUCGUGAUAUUUUAGGUAUUCAUUCAUAUUUUUUGUGAGUUCGAGCAAUUUGAUGGCGCUCAGGGUCAUAAUUUUGCUUACGAAUCCUGUCG